GUAGCUGCAGGAAGUUUUGUCGCUUGUGAAAGUCACGUGUUUGUGCUGUUGUGCGUGUUACAGAAACAUGAGCGCGUCGUUAACAGUGCAGAGGUUAGCUGCCCUGAGCGGGGCUCUGGCGGUCACAGCUGGCGCUUAUGGAGCUCAUGGGUUCAGGCUGAGUAACAGGGAUGAGUACCAGAGAGAGCUCUACAGCACGGCCAAUACCUAUCAUUUCUACCACAGUUUGGCUCUUUUGGGAGCCUCUCGAUGCAGGAAACCUGCUCUGGCUGGAGCAAUUCUCCUGACAGGCAUGGGCUGCUUCUGUGGUCCUCUAUACCACCAGGCUUUAACGGGUGAUCCCUCCUUUGGCAAGCUGGCACCUGUUGGGGGCGUACUUUUCAUUGUUGGCUGGCUUGCUAUGGCACUCUGAGCUUUGAUCUCUGGGUGGUUGGCAAUUACUUUCUAACAGAGCGUUUAAUUUAAUUGUAAAGAGCUGGAGAUAUGGUGUGGUGGGUGGAGUUGUUUAAUCAAUUAAUGAAGAUAAUGAUAAAGCUUUAGGAUCAUACUUUCCUGUUUACAGAAAAAAGAAUACAUAUCCAGAACUUUGCCACACAAUCAGCACUAGCAUUUUUGCCUUUAUUCCUUAAUCAUAAAUGGCCAAUGAGAUGACAACCAGGGCACAGAGCACCAGGUGACCACCAGGGCAUAGAAUCUUUAAAAUGAAGACUAUUGCUACCUGCUUGUUCAUUUCCCUAUAAUGUAUUAGCUUAUGCAUGUCAUCCUGAUUUUAGAAAUGUUUCAUUUAUGCAUUUGAAUCACCGAUGGAUUGAAUCCAGGCAAAAAAUAAAAAAAUAUAUAUUUGAACAAAA